AGUUAGUAGUUAGUAGUUAUAGAAACAUGCGCAGACUGGUGUCAUUUGAGGAGGAACUGGCUGUUGAGGAUGUGUUCCGGCUGCACUGCCAAUUGUCAGAGUUUGACAGAAUGUUGAUUAAGUUCGAUGAGGAUGAGUCGACCCAGCAUGUGGCAAGUGGCACACCCCGCCACUUGGGGUGUGUACCAGUACAAGGACACCCAUGACUACAGUGACUACAGCAGAGCUCACAAUGUUGCCUUCAAUGACCGCGCGGCUCGUCUGAAGCAAGACUGCCAAGACGGCUUAGAACUGAUGGGCAGCGACGCUUUCAACGACCUAAGCACGCAGAGGCUCGUCCUCCAAAGUUUCCUCUCCCGCGUCCUGCCAAAGCCUCGUGUUCCGGCGCUAGGUGCCGAGCUCAGAGUUGCGUUUGAGAGGCUUGCAAUGAUGUUUUGGCUGACAAGAACCUCACCAUGGAUGCAAAUUGGCAGCAGUUCUAUUGGCAGCACUAUCUUCAGCAUCUUCAGCAACAGGCCCAGUGGAAGUUUCAAGACUUUGUGCAUGGUACCGUUGGCGUUUCCAGAAUUCGAGCAUUUCCGACAGCUUCUCGACUUAGCGUUCGUCUCAGGACAUGGACCUUGAGCACUUGCACCAGAUCGGGUACGGGAUGUCAGACCUGCUGCUCAUCCGAGCCUUCAGUAUACUCCGACCGGCACCUAUGGCCCCAUGACACACGCUGUCCGUACCCAACAUACCCAGGCGGAUCCAGCCCUAGCUUGUAGGCAUGGACAUCGCUAUUUGGGGACAGUCAGAACCCGUGCUGCUCAAGAGCAUAUUACUUGAGCGCAUCUUGCUGAGCAUCACGAUGGAGCUGGCCUUGAAUAAGCAGGAUGGUAUUGCCUGGGGGGGGUCCUACAUACCAAUGUCAGACAGUGUCACUCUGCGUGCCCUGCGAAGAGAUGUGCAUAGCUGGGGUGAUCACUACCUGGUGACGCAACAACAGAUGCAAAGUCUGGUGAGCGCGAAGGUGGAGCAGUACCAGAAGAUCGCCAAGACCUUCCAGCGGUACAUUGGCGAGCUGGAGGAGGAGUUGGACAAGGUCUACGAAGAGCUGGAUGAGAAGGACGAAGCCCUGACAGCCGAAACCCAACGAAGGGAAACGGUGGAGCUGGAACUCGAGAAUCUGCACGCACAGAGGGCAGAGAUGGAGCAACAGCUGGCUAAUGCACAGCAGGUGACGCGGGAUGCCAGCUCCUUGCUGACCCACUUAGAUAAUGAGGCCGAUCAGCUCACGGCCAAGGUGAUCAGCGGGGAGAUCUCCGAGGAGCAAUCCAACGCCAUGGAGGAGGAGCUCAUAAGGGCACAGGCGAAAAAACUGGCAGCCACAACGAUGGAGGAACGCUGGGGACAGCAGCUCACCGAGGUGAACCGAGCAACCGAAGAGGCCACCGCGCGUGCGCGCGAGGCCGAAGAACGGCAACGGCUCCUGAGCGAGGAGCUUGCGGUGCUGCAGGAGUCCCUGCGCAAGGCAGAGGAGGAACGUGACCGCGAGCAGCAGAGCAGAGAGAGUGCAGAAGGGAAGUUCAACGAGCUGGUUCGACGCCUGCAAGAACGUGUGGGUUCGCGCCAGAUGUAGUGAGGGGAUUGCAGGUCGGUGUCGGUGAAGGCUUUUUGUUAGGCUUUGAAACAUGGAGUCCCGUGUUGGGGCCCGAAGUCUUGGCUGAGUCUUGUUGGUUUCGAAGCUCGCUCGCCGCAAAGCACUCACUCUGAGACCGUCUCGCGGCCCGAAACGGACCCGUGAGUGGAAACCUGUGGGGGUUUUCUUCACUUGUCGGGUGUAGGAGAAAUGUGCGCCAAACGCCAUGCCGGCCAAAGUCCUCCGGCGCGAGCGAGAGUUCAGCCUGGCCUGGCUGUGAAUGGAGCCCUGGCUGUGGGGGUUCCAAAAGGAG